AUGUCUCGCCGAUAUGGUACUGACCAACGAAUUAAUCGCCGUCAAAGACGCAAGGCCGCUGCCAUGGCCAAGCUUGCUGCUGCUGCUGCUGCUGCUGCUGCCGAAAAUGCUGUCAAACAAACAACACAAGCUGCCAAUCCUCAUUCCGAAGCCGUUAAACCUUCAUCCAAAGUUGUCGAUUCCGCUGCCAAGUCUCCCGAACCGAUCACGCAACCUGCGGCCAAGGAAAUCUCUGAUGAAGUUGAGGAGAAUGUGGGUUGA